CGGGAGGAAUGGACUUAGUUCAGUGUAGCUUCAAGUUUGAAGCGCGCAGAGAGCUGCUGACAGUACGGAGGGAGUGACCUGCACCACGGAGAGAAACCGGAAAGGAGCGGGGGCGUCGGACCCCAACAUGCCCUUCAUGGAGUACCUGGACCAGAAUCAUAUGGUCUGCCUGGAGUGGGGCUUUGAUAACCCGCAAGGAAACAUCACAUUCAAGCUGGUGGUCAACACGACAGGCUGGGUGGGCUUUGGCUUCAGUCCGAACGGAGGCAUGAAGGGUGCAGACAUGGUCAUAGGGGGAAUUGGGUCCAGUGGAAGCUACUUCACAGAUCGUCAUGCCAUAGGAAAGUUUAUGCCCUUGAUGGACGAGCUGCAGAGCUACAUUCUCCUCUCUAUGAUUGAAAGUGAGGGUCAAACCACGAUGACCUUUCAGAGGUCCAUUCAGUCGUGUGAUGACAAUGACUUCCAUAUCACUACUCAACCCAUUAAACUGAUCUAUGCCUACGGAGAAACAGAUGAAAUCGCCUACCAUGGGGCCCGUAGAGGCACCAAGGAAGUCAACCUGCUGAACUAUAUGCCCAGGACGACCUUAAGCAGCCUCAACUAUCUCAUUGCCAAAAUGGACAACAUCACUAUCCCUCAAAAGAAUACCUACUACCACUGCAAGUACAUGAAGUUGAACUUAACUACAAAACAUCAUAUAUAUCUGAUUGAACCAGUGAUUGAGCACAUUGACAUGGUGCAUCACCUGCUGCUGUACCGCUGCCCCUCCUUUGUGACGAAGGAGGAGGAUAAGCCGUGCUACAUGGGCGACAUGGGGGAUACCUGCUUCGGUGUGGUGGCUGCAUGGGCAGUGGGAGGAGGGGUGUUUGAGUUUCCAGAAAAUGCAGCCAUUCCUAUUGGAGGUGCAGACAGUAAUACAAUCUAUAGGCUGGAAAUCCACUACAAUAACCCAAACAAUGAAGCAGGUAGGACAGACAGCUCAGGUCUGAGACUGCACUAUACAGCCCAACUCCGGCAGCAUGACGCAGGCAUCCUGAUGACAGGUAUUUCGCCGCUUUCAGAUGUGCACUACAACAUCCCUCCAGGUGCCACUGAAUUUCACACCUACGGCGUGUGUAAUACCACUCUCUUUUCAAAGCUUUUGAAUCCUGUGCCUGAACUGCAAGUCUUUGCUGGGAUGCUGCACACUCACUUAGCUGGGAGGAAAGUCAGAGUUGCCCACUACAGAAAUGGAAAGCAGAGAGACUUCUUGCUCUUGGAUGAAUACUUUGACUUUGAGUUACAGCAGAGCAUCAGUUUGGGAAACAUCAAGACCAUCAAGCAGGGUGAUGAGAUUGCAGUGGAGUGCACCUACAGUACUACCGAUCGCACCAAAGUCACUACGUUCGGGUUACGAACUACUGAUGAGAUGUGCCUGGCCUUCCUGUACUACUACCCUGCAAUCAAGAUCACCACAUGUGCUAGCUUCCCGAACACAAGCAUGUCUGAGAACAGCACAACUUCAGACCAGGAUAGCAUUUCUGCGCAGGAAAGUUUCCUGAAGACCCUUCCACAAAUUCAGUACGCUUCUGAUGACGAUUUCAAAUUCUCAAUGGAGAAAAAUGGCAAGGUCAGGGAGAUGAUGAAGACACCUGACCCUUGUCAGAAAAGCAACGCGGCAAGCAGACUCAGCACUUCCUGGAUUAUGAACCCAGCAGGAAUCACACUUUUGUCACUCUGGAUUGCAAUAAUGUAACAUGGUUGUAUGAGCAAAACCAUUGCAAUCUUGAUAAAAGAAAGGCACAGUUAAUAAAAUCUGUAUUGUCCAACUGGCUUCAACUUUACAGGACAGGGUGUAUACCAUUUUCUAUGUUUUAAUUCUCUCUGUUCAUUGCAUAUAUAUAUUUUUUGGUGUUGAUUAAUAAUCACAGAUCAGGCCAUAUCAUUUUGCAACUGUCAUAUUGAUUUUCAUAUUGAGAUUUACAUUCCUUUCUUACUUUAAACUCUGUUUCAUAAAAACGCAUAAUACUAUCUGGCGGUAGAUAAAUAAAUGAUUGCCACACUCAAUUUAUACAGUUUUAAGGGAAUUUAACAAAUGUAUACCCUAAUACCUACAGUUUGCACUAUAUCUUGAAAUCUUGAAUCAUGCACUGUAAGACUAAUUGCUGAUGUAUACAUGGAUAUAUACAGUUAUAUAAAAGAGCCAAUAAUGUCUCA